GCCCACUCGGUUGUCCCGAAAAGUUUCUUCCACCGACUACCGAUCUUCCUCUCUUGUUAAACCAGGAACGGGGAAUCAGGAGCAAAAAAAAGGCGAACCUCAAUUGAACAAACACAUGGCUUUUUCGUGUCGUUUCUUCGUUGGGUUUUGCUGUUUUGUUUUGUUCGCCGAAGUGACCGAAAUAAAAAGCAGAACUUCACCGCAGGCUGCAUUGAAUGCAUUUCCGGGAUCGAGGUUCAUUUCUAUGCUUUCGCUUGGGAGAUUUGGCGUGGGAGAUCUGGGUCUCGUGUCGUAGUUAUGCCAAACAUUCGACGUCAAAUGAUGGAGGCUUUUGUGUGGUGUUCUCUACUCUGAAUACUCCCAUCCUGGGGGGGUAGUUGAGGUCGUGGUCUCCAACAUUCCCAGCACCUUUCGUGUGUUUCUGCUGUGCUUUAAAGAACACCCACAAAAGAGGAAACCUAAACAUGCCCAGCAGGGAAUGUAAUGAGAUAUCGAUAAAAGCUGAUACAAUUUCCGACGCAAUUCCGUUUAAUGGCCAUUGAAAUCAAAGUUCGAAGCGCUUUAAAUUCAUCCAUACAUUUCCCCAUCUGUUUGUGUUCCCACACACAAAAGGCAAAGGCCACAACUGUGACCACGGACUCGACCGAAACGAUUUCCCGAUUGCAUGGUCAGUGAAGCCUAUCAUUUGCUCCAAAAGUCAUGGUACUCAAUUAAUUUGAUUAUAAUCAAUUUUGAACAACAUACACACACAAAAAAACCUUCCACCACGGUACUAUAAAGCAUCACUACCAUCGGCAAAGGUGGCUCAUAAAUACGAGGAACCACCGGCCCUGGGUCGACUUGCUCGCCUUGGAAUUCUGGCAUCCGGAAAACGUCUCCGCACGAAAAUGCUGAUCGAAGAGUGUCCGAUAAUUGGUGUCAACGUAAAAGUGUGGCUGUUCUGGUCGUAUUUGCGGCGUCCGCGGUUAACACGCUUCCUGGUCGGUUGCAUACCGGUCGCCAUCCUGAACGUGGCGCAGUUUCUCAAACUCUACUCGUCCUGGGGCGAUAUGAGCGAGCUCAUUAUCAACGGAUAUUUUACGGUGCUGUACUUUAACCUCAUUUUGCGUACAUCCUUCCUCGUGAUCAAUCGACAGAAAUUUGAGACAUUUUUCGAAGGCGUUGCCGCAGAGUACACACUGCUAGAGAAAAAUGACGAAAUUCGACCCGUCCUGGAGCGGUACACACGGCGCGGACGUAUGCUAUCGAUAUCGAACCUGUGGCUCGGUGCCUUCAUUAGUGCCUGCUUUGUGACCUAUCCUCUGUUUGUGCCCGGGCGCGGCUUACCGUAUGGCGUUACGAUACCGGGUGUAGACGUACUCGCCACACCGACGUACGAGGUGGUGUUUAUACUGCAGGUCUACCUUACCUUUCCGGCAUGCUGCAUGUACAUCCCGUUCACCAGCUUCUACGCAACCUGUACCCUGUUCGCGCUCGUCCAGAUAGCGGCACUGAAGCAACGGCUCGGCCGGCUGCAGCCGGAUCGGACGGCACCCGGGCGCGCUCCGGGCACACUGUUCGCCGAGCUGAAGGAGUGUCUAAAGUAUCACAAACAAAUCAUCCAAUACGUCCACGAUCUCAACUCGCUCGUCACCCAUCUGUGUUUGCUGGAGUUCCUAUCGUUCGGGAUGAUGUUGUGUGCGCUGCUGUUCCUUCUUAGCAUUAGCAAUCAGUUGGCGCAGAUGAUAAUGAUUGGAUCGUACAUCUUCAUGAUACUGUCGCAGAUGUUUGCCUUCUACUGGCAUGCCAACGAGGUCCUGGAACAGAGUCUCGGCAUUGGUGAUGCCAUAUACAAUGGAGCCUGGCCCGACUUUGACGAACACAUUCGAAAGAAGUUAAUACUCAUCAUUGCACGUGCUCAGCGACCAAUAGCGAUAAAAGUGGGCAACGUGUACCCGAUGACGUUGGAAAUGUUUCAAAAAUUGCUCAACGUUUCCUACUCUUACUUUACACUGUUGCGGCGCGUGUACAACUAAAACUUUGCCUUUUUUUUCUCUCUCUCUCUCUCCAUUCGCUUUGAAAAUUCACCACCACGCAACACCAUCAAACACCAUUAGCAGCCAAAAAAGCCAUUUUUAUCCCAUUUGAUGCUCGGGAAAGUUAUUGCACCACACACACUAAAUCCCUACCCACACAAGUUUAGUACCGCAACGCGAAGCAUUAGUCGAUGCGAAUAAAAUGAUGCAAAGAACUGGAAAAGCUGCUUUAUUGUCUUCCCUUAUCGUAGUCGGGACUGGUUUUCCCAAACAUUUCCCCAACAAUGAAAGUAAAUGUUCGAUUCGUUGCAAUAAGUUCCAGCUUUUGAGUGGUUUAAAAAGAUCGAAACAGAACAGAAUAGAUAAUCGUUUUGUUCGCGUAAAUGGCACAAAAAACCGAGGAUGCCUCUUGCUUGCGCUGAUACUUCAUUUCCAUGUUAAUUGAAACUAAGCCAACAAUACAUGAGCACGCUACAUGAUGGAACGACAUCGUCGGGUACCGUGCGGCAGCCGAUUCCUUCCUGUGAAUUCCUGUGUGGGUAUUGUUUGGCUUUUUAUUUUACAAAUUCAUAUCCUUCCGCUAGUGGCCGGGUAUAAGAAGGGUAUGAUGAUGAUGAUGAUGACCAUGGGGUUAGUUAUCAAGCUACAACUAUGCAAAAACAUGACCAACAAACACGGUUUCCUUCCUGUGAUGCUGUUUUGCCAUCAGUUUUGUAUCAGUUGCUGUAGUGCUGGGUAUGGAAGUUUUGCCUCUAAUUCCAUUGCACCAGCAAAAAGCGUGCUCAUCCUUUUUUCCGUUCAUCCCAGUUCCGAGCAUCGACAAGACAAGACCACAAAACGAAAUAACAAAACAAAAAAAAGCGAGAAGCUGCCAUGCCACUACUUCUACCCAGCGUUCGAAGCGCUCAGCAGCGUGCAAGCAAGCC